GUUCUAACUUCCACGUUGCCCCCAGUAAUGCCCACUGCAAACGCUGAAUUAACUAUGUCCAGUCUCUGAUACGUUCUGGCGGCAACGUGUUGUUUGAUAUUCACUUUAGGUGAAUGCCUUUUUCAGAUGUGAUAUUGACUACCAUCAGUGACUGUGUGGUUUUUUAUGUACAGCCUCGGCCUUCGAUAUAUUCUGCCGGCCAUUAGGUGGUUUCUCUUAGAUGUAUGCUUAUUCAGGUGUAAUUUUUGACGACCGUCAGUGACAGAUUCGGGAUACCGCCUUGAAAAUGUUACCAUCCCUUGCGACUAUAGCAAAGUUUAUGUAUAACCUUGUACCCGUUUUGAAUGGAGGUUUUUGCGUUGACCAUCUGCUAUGUUGCUCAGGAUCGACAGUAAAGUCUGAUGUUGAGAUGAGACAGACGCCACCUCUAUCUGACAAAUUGAUAGUUGGCUAUGCCAGCUGGAAACAAUGCGACGAUUAUAUAAUCACAGCGGUUGAGAAUGGGAUAAACGUAGUAGUAUGGUUCAGCAUCAAUCUAGCCGUAUGCGAAGGUGAGCAAACUAUCACAGGCGCAGUUCCCGAUCUGGACUGUGUGGCACGAACCGUAGCGACACUCCGAGCACGUGGCUAUGAUGACGUGGUGCAUAUGAUUUCUGUAGGAGGGUGGAAUUCGCCUCUUCCCGAUACAACGUAUAGCGGGCAGUCGUGGUUUAAGUACUUCCACAAAUGGAAUAACGAGGUGGUCGCAAGGCCGCAGAUGGGUUGGCAUGGCUUUGAUGGCAUUGACUGGGAUCCUGAGGGCAGCAACGAUGUAUCUUUACCCAGCAACCACUUUACAGUGGCCCGGAUGGACCUAAUAGGUGAGAUGUCGGUUGCAGCCAAGCGCGCAGGCUAUUUGGUCUCCUUAGCGCCUGCACAGAGUUACCUUGAUAUGUCUAUGCCCGAUUUUGAUCUGAAUGUGGACCAUGCACCUACCUACUGGAUGCAUGACUUCAAGUACCAUGGCUUAAACACGUACGCGUACUGGUUGGCCAGAUACGGCCACACAAUACAGUUCUGCGGCGCCACCGUGGCUACGUUCGACUGGGUGGGUCUGCAGUUGUAUGAAGGGUGGAGUCGUGCCAACUACGAGCUAUCCCACGAAGGCAAGGACGUGACCCAAUAUCUAACUAUGUUGAUAACUGGCAUGCGCGAUGGUUGGGAAGUCCAAUUCGAGAACGUUCCUGGCCUCGAGACUAAGGCGCAAACCAUCAGCGUCACCCCUUCAAGGUUGCUAAUCGGACUGGCCAAUGGCUGGACCACCCCCUACACCACAACAGAUCACGCCUCAGUCGAUUCCAACGAGGGUGAACAAGAAACCGUACCAAAGUUCUUACUCUUGUUGCCAGAACAGUUAGAGAAAGCUUAUCAAGCGAUGCCAGUCGAAAUACAACCACGUGGGUUUAUGUUUUGGAACAUUGCUGACGAGGGCGAAGUCAUUAACCAGGCCACGGGUGAGCGAUUGUUUAUGGCAAAGGGUUUGAACAAGUUUCUACAGGUGCGAGAGAAAGAGGGUGUUUGAGAUCGAGCAGUGCGGUGUCAUCUUUUAUUCCGUCGGCCUAUCAAAGAUUUGCUUCAUAGGCUGUUCGUCAGAGAUAGAUGUCCGGUACUAGCACGUCGUGCAAGCUGCUGCAUGUCCAUUGUCGCGUAUACACACUGUGUAAUCAUGAAGGUAUGGCUCAACAUUCCAUGCGAAACUCAGACGACGUUCCGGAAUCCCAAACAAUGAGAGAAAACAAGUCUCCCAAAAACUCGUAAGUGUAUUGAGCGGCCAAAGUGGCACUUACGCUAACAAAAUUUUUGCUGAAAAGUAGUGGUCAAGCUGUAGGACACGGCGGUCAAGAGGGUGACAUAUACUUUGGAACCGUUUAUAUCUUAGACCACUACGACCCCGGGAAAAUGCGUUCGACUGUGCAACUACAACAGUGUCAAGGCGAUAUCAGGCCCAAUUAGAGUGUGUGCAGGCGUAGUGCGAUUGCGGUUUGAAAGUUACUUAAAAGCUAAGAACACUCCGACUGCCUUCGGUGACUAUAGAGGUGUCUAAAUAGUCGCCUUAGCCAAGUCGCAAGUAGUGGCUUAUAGGCGCAAAGACAGCGGUAUUAUAAUAGUACACCACUGAAAUCUCAACGAAGGUACAAUGAAUUUACUAUCCUGCCAUCUAUAGCAAGUAGAGCAUAGAAAGAAUACUAGAAACAUGGGGUUUUUUCUAAUUGAAUGUAUGCACAUUGAAAUGUCAUGUCUGGCGAUGCGUCAGGGUGCAGCUUUCCAUAUUAAUAAAUAAACGUAUGCUAAAAUAGAAUGUA